UUUUGAACAGUUUCACACCAAAUCUUUUACCAGCUAGAUGCUGCUGUUAGUUUGUCUCAAUUCUGGAAUCUUAAAUUAAUCAGUAAGUUACACUACAAGAAAUUGUGGUUCUACUUGUCUUCCUAAAGAUGGGUAGAAUUCCAUCGUCAGUACUAUCAAGUGUGUUUAUUUGGACCAUAAUCUUAACUUUUGCCGGUGAAUCGAAAACAUCAUGUUUAGCCGACUCGGCAAAAGAUGUUGAAAAAGUUCCCGAGCUGGAUUUGACCAAAAUGAUCAACGAGAAAGUGUAUUCGAAAAUAUUUGUCCGCAAACGGGAGGAGCAUAAAUUGUUGGUAAACCACCUACAAUCUAUCGACGAUUACGCGAAGCGGUAUAAAUUAUUGAAGCUUGGUAUCGACGAGGUACUGAGGUUAAUCCGUGAGGAAGGAGCAAAACUACGUGGGAAUAACAUUACGGCUGAAUCGGAGUUUCCCAAAAUACAGGAGCUGAUCAACGCAUUGGCACAGUACCUGGAGAACACAUGUCUUUUCGCGGAGUUGGUAUUACACUUCCCAGACAUGUCUUACCGUAUUCUGAAGCCUGUUUCAGAUUGGCGAGAACUGAUGACCCAGGCACUAAAUUACUCAAAAUCAUUUGACCACAUCUUGGACGACAAGUCGGUCGAGUUGCUUGGGUUAUUGAAUCAGGAAAUUAACGAAGACCAGCGGACCGACAGCUACGUGAAUCCCUACCGAGAAGCAGCACAGUCUACCAGUGGGGAAAACGUAAAAGCGAAAAAGAAAAGCAAAACGAAAACGAAAAAAGGACCUUCAAUAACGCCUCCGAAGACUGAACUAUGACCAUACACAAACACACACACCUGUUCGCGGUUGUUAAAAAGGACUUCAUGUUCUUAAAUAUACUUAUGGAAAAU